AUGGCUGGAGUAUCACCCAGACUGUUUAUUGCAGUCAGUAUCGCUUAUUUUGUCAAUCGCAAGCGGAUGGAUUCGUGCAUUGUCAUUCUCCAGUCGCUUUUGGUGAUCACUGCCAUCAUCGUAUGUACUUUACUGCUGUUGCCAGGACAACCUAUACCACCACAGCUGCCUCCCACCAGCUCCGUACAGCAACCCAUGCAAUCAGAAGGGAAACCCAUCCUGCUGGAUCAGAAAAUCAUCCCUUCUCCGUCUAACCUUUCAGAUACUGUAUCUGUAAAACCCAAUCCAUUAUCACCAGCCAAGGACAGCCAUGCCAUUGACUCGCGUGGGGAUGUCAGUACUUCAUCUCCACAGUCCUCGUCUGAAAAUGGUAAUAUCCAGAGUAAAGAGAAGCAAACUAAACACUGGAGACGUUAUGUUGUGUCACAAUCUCCUGCCGACUAUUCAAGCAGCUCGGCAUUCCACCAGGAAAUGAAGCUCCAGUCUGAUACUUCCAAAGGUAUAGUCAUCAAUGUAUUGAAAGAGUGGUAUUCUUGUCCAACUAGCAACAAAAUCAAUCGACUAAUCUUUUGA